AUAUAUUCUCUAUAUGGUGUGAAAUAUCGAUAUCAAAAAGCCAGUCACAUCGCAUAUGUAUUUGCUAAAAUAACCAAUUAAUAUUGCUGUUGUAAACGUGUGUGUUCGAAAAAGCUAAAAGAAAAUGUCUGGUCGCGAGGGUGGAAAGAAAAAACCACUAAAGGCACCGAAGAAAGAGUCGAAAGAGCUGGACGAUGACGAGUUGGCCUUCAAGCAGAAGCAGAAGGAUGCUCAAAAGGCUUUAGAACAAGCAAAGCAACGUGCUUCACAAAAGGGUCCACUUGUUGGUGGAGGCAUUAAGAAAUCGGGGAAGAAAUAAUACUACCGACUGUAUAUGUAGAAAUAUAAGAAUGUGCAUUUCCUUCAUAAAUGGCACAUGACUCUAGUUAACCUCUAUAAAAAAUCUUGUAGCGAAACUAAAACAUUGCCGAGCUAGACUAGACUUUAUUUAAUAAAUUUUUGUAAAUAUAAAAAAUAAAGUAAACGUGUUUGUUGGUUCGGGUAUUUAUA